UGAAGCUCAGUGUUCAAAGUCGAUUACCUGCAACUUUCAGUCUCCCAUUGCGCCGUAUCUCCUGAUUUUUCUUCUUUUUGGACUGAAUACCCAUCGCAGGAAGAGAAGAGAAGAGAAGAGGAAGAGGGUAGAAUGGCAGGAGCAGAGACAGAGGAGAUGGAGGAGUUCUACGUGCGGUACUACGUGGGGCACAAGGGGAAGUUUGGGCACGAGUUCCUGGAGUUCGAGUUCCGCUCCAACGGCAUGCUCCGCUAUGCCAACAACUCCAACUACAAGAACGACACCAUGAUCCGCAAGCAAGUCUUCGUCACCCCCGCCGUCCUCAAGGAGUGUCGCCGCAUUAUCCUAGAGAGCGAGAUACUGAAGGAAGAUGAUAACCAAUGGCCGGAACCCGACCGUGUUGGGAGGCAGGAGCUUGAGAUUGUGAUGGGGAAUGAGCAUAUCUCUUUUACUACUUCAAAGAUUGGAUCCCUCGUAGAUGUCCAGAGCAGUAAUGACCCUGAAGGGCUUCGCAUAUUCUAUUACCUUGUUCAGGAUCUAAAGUGCUUCGUGUUCUCUCUCAUUUCUCUCCAUUUCAAGAUCAAGCCAAUAUAGCAUGGAUUAGGAGUCUGCUGUUUUCUCUGCAAUCUGCAUUCGAUUUUGUUUGCAAUUGUAACAGUCACCUUAUUUUGCGUGCAGUCUUGGCCAUUUGACAGUUUAGCACUUUUAUUGUUACCUGUUGUGUAUGGGAUAAUGGGAGUGGUUAAUCAGAUUUACCAUUGUGUGCACACAUAGUAGAAUGUUACAAUGUUACCAAAGCUUCCUAA